AUGGAAAUGGAAAUUGCCGAAUUACUUUUAAAUCAUGGAGCUAACAUUAAUGCGAGUGAUAAGUCAGGUGUUACACCACUGUAUCUUGCUGCUGAAAAAAGAAAUGUAGACGUUGUUGCGAUGUUAUCAAUAAUUCAAAGAUUUAAUGUUAGUAAAGGUACCGCAGUAACAGCUGUACGUCGUGUUGCUAAAGCAUUAUGUGAAGUCUCUCAAAAAUACAUAGUAUGGCCCAAUGAAAAUGAUAUUGAAGAUAUUGUUUAUGGCUUCUCUAGUGUGCGUGGCUUUCCUGGUGUUAUANGGGCCAUAGACGGAACGCAUAUAAAUAUUCCUGCACNUAAAGAAAAUCCAGAAGCAUAUAUAAAUCGAAAAGGUCGUCAUUCGAUUCAGCUCCAGGCUGUUUGUGAUCAUAGGAUGCGAUUUAUACACAUCUAUGUUGGGAAUGUGGGUUCAAUUCAUNACUCUCGAGGUUUCCGGUUAUCAGCAUUACAGCAAUAUGUCAACGAUAAAACAAAAUUUNCAAAUGAUACACAUAUGAUUGGAGAUGGUGCUUAUGGAUUACAUCGGUAUCUUUUAGUACCUUAUUAUGAUGAUGGCCAUCUCACAGAGCAGCAAAGAAAUUAUAAUUUUUGCCAUUCUUCUACCAGAGUGGUAAUAGAAAGAGCAUUUGGUCAUUUAAAAGGACGCUGGAGAAGUUUGCUACAUGUUCUGGCAGUAAAUGACAUAAAGUUUGCUCCUUAUCAUAUAUUUGCAUGUUGUGUACUGCACAAUAUUUGUUUGCUUCAAAAUGAUGAGUUAGAGUUGCAAAAUCACCUUAUCUUAACAAGAGAACAAAGAGAGUCUUAUUUAAAUGAUGAAAAUGAAGAUGAAGAUCUGUUAUUAGAAACUAUUUCUACAAAACGUGGAUCUUACAAUAAAAAAAUUGAUGGUUACGUCGAGCACAUAAUACCGUCAUUUAACAAUGAACAUUUUAAAUCGCAUUUUCGGUAUUAA